CCCCUUCCUACCUGUAGAGCAGGAUCCCCGGCUCCUCACUGACUCCCUGCACCUCCCCAGCCAGGAGCCAACACUACUCCGAUCUGUGCGAAGGGACCUCAGCCGGGGGCCCCAGUCUGCAGCAGCACCGACACCCGAGGGCCAGGAACCAUGAGCUCCCUGUUCAAGAAGAGAACCACCGCCAAAUACAGCCCCAACCCCGUGCAGCCUAAAGUGGUCUCCAACGACGAACUGACCGAGCUCAUCGCGCAGCUGCAGAAGAAUGCCGACCAGGUGGAGCGCAACGUGGUGGACACCGACUCCAAGCUGCAGAAGGAUCUGGAGAAGAUUCGUGCCCAGCAGCCUGUGAUGUACAAAGACUCCACAGCCUCCACCAUGUCCGAGACCGAGAAGAUCUUAGUGGUCCUGGAAACAGAUGCCCUCCUGGCACGCCAACGCAAUCACCCACAGGGUGACAUGAUACAAGAGGACAUCCGGCAGCUUAAAGAGCGUCUGGCAAGUCAAAGGAAGAAGCACGACCAGAUCUACAACCAGAAGAUCAUAACAACGGAUGUUCCAAAAGUCAACUGGGGCAAAGUGAUCGAUGAUAAGAUGGACCAGCUGAACAGAGCCACCUUCGCCACCGAUUUACCCAACUUGGAGAACCAGAUCAUGGAGCACAACGUGUUCAACAACGAAGUGAAGGCCAUCGGAGAUCACAUCAACAAGGACUCAGACAAGGAGUACAUCAGUGGCUUGCAAGUAAAAUAUCAGAAGCUUUUGAACGGCUCCCAGAAGCGGCAGCGGGAUCUGGGCACCCUGCAGGAUUACAUGCAGCGCUGCACCAACGAGCUCUACUGGCUGGAUCAGCAAGAGAAGGAGCGCAUGGAGUAUGACUGGAGCGACCGCAACACCGACUACAUUAGCCGCAGGAGACAGUAUGAGAACUUUAUCCAGAGGAGUCUGGAAGCCAAGGAACAGGAAAUCAACAAACUUCAGGAGGAAGGAGAUAAGCUCUUGGCGGAGGGCCACCCAGCCAAAAUCCCCAUAGAGGCUCACAUGGAGGCUGUGCACGCUGACUGGAAGGAAUAUCUUAACCUCUUGAUCUGUGAGGAAAGUCACCUAAAAUAUAUGGAGGAUUACCACCAGUAUUAUCGAGAUGCCAAGGAUACUCAAGAUCUCCUGAAGAAGGUGGACAGUGACCUGGAGCACAAGUACAACCCAGACUUCAAGGACAGCUACCAGAUCGAAGCUCAGUUACGUGAACUGGAGGACCAGGACAAGGCUCUGGAUAAAUACGAGGAAGUGGUACGUUCCUUGCAAAAGCGCAGCCACCAGGUUGUACCAUUGAAGUUUCGACGGGAGACGCCACUCAAACCCAUCCCAGUGGAGGCGGUGUGCGACUUCUACUCAGACGAGGGCGAGAUUACCCGAGGAUCUCAAUACACCCUAAAAUCAAACCGGGGCGAAAAGUGGGAGGUGACGGACAGCAAUGGGAAGAAGCUGGUGGUUCCAGGAGUUUGCUUCACGAUCCCCCCAACUGACCCCGAGGCCCUGACCGUGGCAGAAAGUACUUUCAACCAAUACCGAGCCACGAAGCAGAAGGCUUCAAACUGUAAGAACGCUUUAUUCCAGCGCAGCGAGGAUCUCAAGAGAGAGUCCAAAGCUACCACAAGCACCCAAGAUACCCAGGGACGUCAGCUGCUUGCUGGGAUGGACAGAAUUAUCACUGACCUAGACAGACAGGAGAAAUCCAUCAGCUCCUACCUGCGUCCACCUCUGGAGCAGAGCCGUGCUGUGCAGGACUCUUCAGAAAGGCUGAAGGAACUGAAGGACAUUUCCAAUAACGUGCGCCGUAUAGAGCCCGAGAAAUCUCAGCGAGUGCAGGAGUGCGAGGUCUAUCUCUCCAAGGCUCCAACAGCCUCCAGCGCUCCAAUCCUUCGAAGUAAAAUCAAUGAGACCAACAAGAAGUAUGAACGGGUUAACGAUCUCUUGACCUCUGCUCAGGACAAGAUUGAGACAUCCAAUCACCUGGAGAACAGUUUGCAGAAAAGCAGGGACCUCCUCACCACCUAUGAGACCAAGCUGUGUCAAGAUGACACUGUACCAGAAGACCCUCGAGCUGUGGAUAGGAAGCUGCAAGAACUGACGGCAAUGAGCUCAGAGCUCCAGCAGGGAAGAGGUGUCCUUGCGGAAGCCGAGCAGAACCUUCACAACAGUAAACUGAGCUGCCAAAGUUUGGCCAAUCGUUUCCAGGAGCACUGCCCUGACAUUGAGCGUCAAGAAGGGGAGGUGUCCAAACUCAACCAACGUUACUCCCAACUCGAUCAACAGAUUCAGAGCAGGUCUCAGGACUUGCAGAAAGCUAAAACUGCCUAUACAAACUACCGCAACAGCUACGACCAGCUUGAUGGCUGGCUACAUCAUUUGCCAAACUAUGAGCCCAAAGAUACAGACAGCGUCAACCAAGUGGAAACCAAAAUGAAAAACCAAAGGCUUCUCUUGGCUGAGAUAACCGAUCGGGAGCAAGAUUUAGAGCAUGUGACUGGCAGUGCCCAACAGUAUCAACAAGCAGUGAAGGAUUAUGAGCUCGAUUCAGAGAAGCUGAGGUCUGUUUUGGAUAUGGAGAACCGCAGGAAUACCUACACCAGGAGGUCCAGGGUGCUGUCACCAGCAAACAAAGUGAAGGAAGAGGAGGCCGAUUUAUCUGCUAGAUUCACAGAGGCCAGCGCUGUCAAUAAACAAAGGCUGCAGACGCUGGAGUUUGCACAAAGCCUCUUACGCCAGCAACCUGAGGUGGAAGUGCAACAACAGUCAGUCCAGAUGAACCGUUCAGAGAAGCCUGCUGAAGAGACCUGGAAAAUCAAAAAUAUGUUAGAUGAUGAAGUCCAGCGUCGUCACCAAUUGGAAUCAGAGAUCAGAAGCUCUCAGGAAGAGAUCAUCUUCCUUCAGAAUCAAAAACCUCAGGAGACCAUAGUCAAGAAAGAGGUCCUGAAAAAGGUACCAGAUCCCCAACUGGAAGAAGAGUACCACAAGGUCCUUGAAAAGGUUUCAGAAGAACAGCGCCAAAAUAAGUCUUUGCAGGAUGAAUUGGACUCCUUGAGGAUCAAGAUACGAUCGCUGGAAUACGAGCAGAAGGAAGGUGGACAGCAAUAUAUAGUAAAGGAAGUCUUGAGGAUUGAAAAAGACAAAGAGCAGCAAGAAGAGUUCUUAAGACUCAAAGAAGAGUGGGAGGAGCUGAACAGGCAAAAAGGGGCAAAGCAAAACGAGAUUGUCAACUUGAGGGAGCGCAUCCUCAUCUUGACAGAAGAGAAGAACAAGCCUCAAGAGAAAGUGACAGAGAAAGAAGUGGUAAAACUCCAAAACGAUCCUCAGCUAGCCUCCGAAUACAGGACACUUCAAGAGAACAUGCAAAGAGAGAGUUCUCAGUGUCAGAAAGAAGAGGAGGAACUACAGUUGCUCCAAGAGAAACUGAAGCGUUUAGAAAAAGAGCGAGCCAUGGCUGAAGGCAAAAUCACAGUAAAGGAAGUGUUGAAGGUAGAAAAGGAUCAUGCCAGUGAAAGAGAGGUAGCUGAUCUUCGCAGGCAGUAUGAAGAUGAGACAUCAAAGAUACGUACAGCCCAGCGUGAGAAGAAUGAGUUGAUUCGUAAGAUAGGCAUCUUAGAAGACGAAAACUCUAAAGUUAUUGUCCAGGAGAAAGUCCGCGAGAUUAUUCGGCCAGAUCCUAAGGCUGAGAGCGAGUUAGCCAAUUUACGCCUUGAACUGACUGAGCAAGAAAGGAAGUACCGAGCUGCUGAAGAGCAAGUAACAGUUCUCCAGAAUGAGCUAUCAGCCAUAAAAGCACGUGGCCCACAAGUAACAGUGAAAGAAGUAACAAAAGAAGUCAUGAAAUACAAGACUGAUCCAGAAGUCAUAGCAGAGCUGGAAAGACUUAGAGAGGAAAUCUUCGAGAAGACAAGAAUAGUAGAACGAUCAGAGCUAGAGAUCACUCAAUUAAAACAAGAGAUACAGGGUUGGAUUGAUACCAAACCCCAAGUACAGAUUAAGGAGGUAAUUCAGGAGGUUCUGCAAUAUCGUGAAGACUCUGCCACCAAGAAUGAGAUGGAAACCUUGAGAUCCAAGUUGGCUGAAGAGCAGAAGAAGCGCUUAGAUCUUGAACGUGAAAAAAUGACUCAAGAAGACAAAAUCAGACAGAAAGAAAGAGAGCUCUCACAAGUAAGGGAGAAGUUGGUACAACAGGAGGUUGUAAAAUAUGAAGAAGAUCCAGUACUAAAGUCUGAGUUGAACAGUUUCUCAAAGAAUAUUCAAAGUGAGUUGAAGCAAAAGGAUCAACUACAAGAAGAGCUGCGGCAGUUGCAGUGGAGGAAAUCCGAGCUUGAGCGUCAGCUGGAGGAACUAGAAAGAGAAAGACAGGCUAGACGUGAGGCAGAGCUAGAAAUCCAACGUCUUAAAAUCCGGUUAAACGAGCUGGAACAAAGGGAGAUCGAAACUAAAGAAAAGGUAACUUUGAAGCAAAAGGUAGUCUUACAACAAGACCCCCAGCAAGAGAAGGAACACAAUUUGCUGAAACUUCAAGUGGAAGAAGAAAAACACAGGAGGCAAAUGCUUGAGACUGAGCUGGAUGCACUCAAGAAGAAGCUUAUAACACUGGAGAAGAUGGAGGUGAAGGAGAAAGUUGUCUUUUCAGAAAAAAUAGAGGUCGAGAAGGACCCAGAAACAGAACAGGAAAUAAAAAGGCUUACGGCCACGUUGGAUGAAGAGGGCAAGCGCAGAAUGGAAUCUGAAUCCAAUGCUGAACGUCUGCAAGCUCAGCUGUCCGAGGUAGAGUUUAGUAACUCCAAAUCAAACAAGGAACUGGAAUAUCUGCGGGAAGAAGUCCACAAACUACAGAUGGAGAAGCAAAGUCUUCAGCUGGAGACCCGCGACUUGCGGUCUGAGAUUGAGAUUACAAUAAAAGAGGCACAGGGUCUGAGAAGCUUAACUCAGGUGGAUAGUGGUAUCAAUCUAGACUCCCGCUUAUCUGCCCUGGAACAUGAGCUGCAGGGACUGAAGAAAAUCUCUCGGGAUAAAGAUGCAGAAAUUGAACAGCUUCAGAAACGUCUUGAAACCAUGCAAAUCAAGCGGGAACAGAGAGAGAACCAUCUACGUCGAUCCAUUGUGGUCAUCGAUCCCGAUACUGGUAGGGAGAUGUCACCAGAAGAAGCUCGUAGGUUGGGUCUCAUUGACUGGAAGAUGUUUGUCAACUUACAAAGUCAAGAAUGUGACUGGGAAGAAACCACCAUCAAGGGGCCAAAUGGUGACUCCUCUGUGAUCCACGACAGGAAGUCAGGCAGGAAGUUUGACAUUGAAGAUGCCUUGAAGAGUGGGCGUAUCACCAAACGUCAGUAUGAAAGGUACCUCAACAAAGAGAUGUCCAUCCAGGAAAUUGCAGCCUUGGUUUCUGGAAAGAAGUAAUCUUUGGGGAUAGCUGUGGGGCCGCACUCUGCGGUCUUGACAUAGACUUUAAACCAGUUAUAGCUGCCCUUUUCCUUCAAUAGCAGAACCUCUAUGCUUCUGUUAUCCUUGGUUGACCCACAUGGAGGAGAUAUUUUGCCAUAAUGCUCUCCAAACUUGAAGGUACGGGUGGGUCUCUUUACAAAUCAAAUGAGUCAUGUAGGACCUUCCAUCUGUACUGGAGCAUCAUCUGCAGAGACUGAAAACCAUUCUACAAGAGCUACAGAGGUCUCUGUCUGAUUAACCAGCACAACUUUAUGGAAGGUAUCAAACUGCUGCCCUGUCAAAUAUCAAAGAAUUCUCUUUUGUAAUAGGAUAUUCUCAAGCCAAAGCACCAACGAAAGCAUUGUUAAAGGAACAAGCGCUGAAAAGUGGAGUUGGUAGUAUAAAGCCAAACCACAGAGGCGUUCUCCUUUAUGCCAUAAAAGAGCAAAUAGAAAUCUAUAUAAUAUAUAUACACGUUUGAUAUCAUUUGGUAUAUGGUUUAGAUAGCACAUUUUCAUGCUCUGUCUUGUUACACAUCUACUGUGGUGCCUUACUAACCCCCACCCUUCCCCCGAUAAGAGGAUGAGGUCCUCGGCCACCAUUUAAAUCCUGGUUUCUGUAUGUCUUUCAUAUAUUUCUGAAGGGGAAAGGGAAAUAUGGAAAAUGUAUUAUUUAUGAUAACGCUAAAUAAAGAUGCGGUGGUUUUGAA